AUGGAAACUCUUCUGAGUAGCUACGAGAAUAUCACGACCAGGCUACUCAAUGUGAAGACUUCUGUUCAAAGUACGAGCUUUGAGAUCUGCUUUGCUAAGGAAGCUAUUACCAGGUUUACCAUACCAUGGUUGAUGGUUUUGGAUAAUUUUGAUAAUCCAGGUCAAAUACCGAAUUUGAUGGAUCUCUUGCCGUUCGGACCCGGAAAGUAUGGAGCAGUCCUCGUCACAAGCCGCCAUUGGGAUUCAGCCCGCCUGGGUGAUACUAUACACCUAGAUCCAAUGACGGAAAGUGACACUUUGGAUCUGUUUUUCUACCGCCUUGCGUACGAGAGAACCGAGAGCGACCUAAUAGAGGCAAAAAAAAUGAUCAAUCAGUUCGGGCUUCUUCCUCUGGCCAUUGAUCAGGCCGCUGCUUAUAUCAAGGCACGGAAUUUGAACCUGGCUCUAUUCAAUGAGAUGUACAAGACCUCUUCGAAAACAGCAAUAUGGUCCAAUCUGCCAUCAUUCUGGGAAUAUAAGAAACGAAACAAAGAGACCGGGGUCGACAUACCCGCUAGUAUUGGGGUAACAUUUGAGUUUUCCUUGCGAGAUAUUCAAAGACAUACCGAAGGUGUUGGCGAUCUGCUAUCAUUCUUUGCUUUUUUCAACCGACUCAAUCUUUCUGAAGAACGCUGCACAGUAGCCAUUGAUGCUGGAGUUCAUCAUCCAGAUCAUAUAUUGUGGGCCCGCGCCUGUUUCACGGAUGGUCGCUGGGAUAGCCUCAAGGUUCAAGAUAUCCUUGUUGAGCUCCAGUGCCUUUCUCUUGUGCAGUACAUUGAACUCGGCUCUCAAUAG